UCAUAGAAUGCCAACUGAGCGGCUAAAACCGUUGACCUGCCCACAAUGUAACACACUUGACCAAGUUAACUCAUAAAGUUCCAUUAACAAAAAGUGUGUAAUAUAAGGUAAACUAUCAUAGAAAAUAUUGUCACUAAUUAAUUGGUCAAUAUUAGUUGUUUGUUGUUAUUAUCUUAAUUUUCUCUUAUCAUAUAACAACUGAUUUUCAAAUUUAUAUAACAUGGUUAUCCUUAUAUUUUUGCUGAAUUCAAGGCGCAAGAAAUUAAAAGAAACAAAAAUUUAAAUCCAAAAAAAAAAAAAGAAAAAAAAAAAUAAAGAAGUGCCUCUCACAUGGCAAGAAUCAUGAGUUCUUCAUCAGUAACUCCAAUUAAUAACAAAGGUGAUAAGAAUCUUCAAGUUGAAGCAGAUGAUCUUCACAAGAAUCCUGCACAAGUGGAAGAGGCAAGAAUCGCGGUUGAUAAGCCAAAACUCAGCGGGAAGAUUAUAGGGAUUGUGUUUUAUUUGCAACUUCUUGUGAUUUUUGUGCUUGCAGUGAUUCUGAUCAUCAGAGGCUUUCUAUCUAAGCAUGCUCGUCGUCGGUUUCAUCCAUCUGAGUGGUAUCCUCCGAUGCUGAUGUCUGUUGGACUGGCAGGAAUUACCGGAUUAGUAUGGCAGACUGUAACGUACUGUCAUUCUUCGAGAGCUGUCAAAUUGGCAUUUUGGUUUAGUCCCCUGCUAACUUGUGCCAUGGGUGUUCUUUUGAUUUCUACUGGUUCAGCAGUUGGAUUAGCUUUCGGAAUUUUAUCGAUCUUAGUAGCUGUUAUUCAAUCAUUGUAUGCUUGCUGGGCGAACCCACGGUUUAAUCAUGCUGUUUCUGUGCUAUCUGUCUGCACUGCAGUUCCUCCACAGAAGACCAUCUCAAUGACUGUUGUGUCUGUCAUUGUUACAGUCAUCUACUCUUCGGCUUUGGUGGGUGGGAUUGGUGGAGCUACUGCAACUGGAACUCAUAUUGAUAAGGUUUUCAUUGCGGUCAUCAUCCUUAGCAUGACCUGGACACUGCAGGUGAUCAAGAAUAUCCUGCAGGUGGCAGUCUCGCGUGUCAGGUAUCUGAACUUUGCUUGUGGAGAUGAAACAAUGGAUGUUUGGACAUCUAUUAGAGUGGCAGUGGGACCCAUGGUGGGAACUGUCUGCUUCGGGUCAGUCUUAGUCCCGACUGUCACCCUUGUUUGCGGCUCUGCUAGGGCAAUCGGCCUUAUAGCAGGAGAUUCUGAUGAGUUCCUGUUUUCUUGUACUGACUGUUACUCAGGAAUUGCCUCAAGACUUGUGACAUGUGGCAAUCGCUGGGGGUUCGUCCAUGUUGGAGUCUAUUGUAAGGGGAUCAUCCAAUCAUCCUCUGACACGUGGGAGAUGUUCCGGAGAGCUGGGAUGGAAGAGCUUAUUGACUGUGAUUUGACAAGUUCAUUCUGCUUCUUCUGUGGGAUUGCAGGAGGGGCUCUGAGCGCACUAGCAGGAGGGUGUUGGACACUUGUGGUUCAUAAACAGUAUGCAACUGAAAUUUCGAUCUAUGCUUUUUUGAUUGGUUAUUUGGUUAGUCGUGUAGCUAUGGCUUGGCCACAAGCAUGUGCAUCGGCUUACCAUGUGGCGUUUGCUGAGAACCCCCAAAGUGCUCGUUUUGAUGCAACUAUUCCAUUUAGGUUGCAGGAGCUACAUAAAAACCAGCAUUCUAACAUUUCUGGGGGGAACAUUGAGUAGGACAGAGCACAGUUUGUAUAUAGUAUUCCCAAAAAAAAUCUUGAUAGCAGCAUGAAUUCUUUCUUGUAAAUAUCUGUAACCAUGAAAUCAUUGUGAUCAUGUCUUGUAUACAUCAAUAAAUUGCUUGCAACUGCGCA